AUGUUUUCACGACAUAGACGAUCUAGACAACCCGUCGCUUAUACUGGUGUCAAUGCUUCCAGCAAGAAUUCCGCGCAACCAAAUGAUGGAGCAAUGGCUGCUGCUGUUGUCAUUGGAAAGGCUCUAAAGCAGAACAACAACAACCCUAGUGGAUUGCAAAUGCCACCUCUUCAACAGGCAAACAAUUUGAAGAGAAGCUCCAGUAUGUUGUCGAUAAGAAGAAAUAGUUUAAGAAGUAGCAGAAACAGCAGCAUUACAAGGUCUUCCUCGGUAUUACGGAAUAGGAGGUCAAUGUCCGAUUUUAAUACCGCUGGUAAUAAACCUCCAGAAUAUCAUAUGGUCAAAAAAUGGGUCCCUUCCAAACAUGGAUUGGUUGCUGUCGAAGUUCCUGAGCCCAUUGUUGAGGAACCACCUUAUAGGACGCAGUCAUUGGUCAGCACUCCUUCUAGAUAUCGAAAUUUCAGACGCAGCGCCUCGUUUAAUUCGAAAAACAGCCAAUUAAACAGACCUGUAAAGAAGAAGAGUUUUAGCUCUCUUCGUCCAACUGGUAAAGAUAUCACCCUUGAACCUACAAUUCCGGAGGAUAAAGAGGUCGAAAACGAGGUGAAAAUUGAGCCAAUUGUUCAAGAUGCGAAGGACACAAAGGCAACAAUUAAGGAUGAUACAGAAACGGAUGCAAAGAAGGUUAUCUCGAUGCCGCUCAAACGUAAGGAAGAAGAUCAGUCUGCAUCUGGUAGGCUUCUAUCGUCCCCGGAGUUUUCCGUCGACGGCCAUAUGAAAUCACAGGAAAGUCUUGUGUCCAAAAACACAGAGAUGGAAGUGUUUGACGACUACAUGAAAACUUCAGUCCCCGCUGUAAUCCUCAACGAUGAUACAGAACACACCACCAUGGCGCAACAACUAAGACCAACACUUGGUAUUACUGAAGAGACUUCCAUGUCUCCAACCCCACCUCUUACGAGUGAGUCUGACAAUCUUAGACAGCCUGUAAUGAGGCGUUCUGCACUCAAGAACUCUGAUGACUCUAAACGAUACUCCAACUAUAGCGUUAGUGGCGUGCAAGGCCCUUACCUUUCGUUAGCUACAGCUGAGAAUACUCGCCUCAACGCAAUUUCGUCUUCUCCAUCAUUAAAUCGUGGUUCAUCCCCGGCUAGACCUCAAUCUGUUGCAGCCCUAAAUGGUUCUCCAAGAAUGAGAACCUCUUUAAGACCUUCGACUAAGAAUGGAACUAUGAGUGCUAACACAUCUGCAAUGCGGGUCUCGUUAAGAUAUUCCGAUGAUGCAAGACAAAGAUUGCUUCAAACACCUCCAACUAGAGUUUCAAUGACCUCUGAUCACAUUUCUGCUGCCUCUAAAGUAGUUGAACAAAGUUAUUACAAUAACCGAACUGUCGCCAAGAAAAGUAGAGCUAAAUCACCUGCGCAGAUUCGUGCCGAGUUUCUCCUCAAGAAAGCCAAGGCAAGACCUCCAACACAGCUCGCUGACGCGUUUGACCCUGCUUCUGAAAGUUACAAUGAAUUGCAGAGGACAAGUUCUUGGCAAAGAGAGCAUUUAAAUGAAAAUCAUCCAGAAAAAAAGGUCAGAAAGGAAAACAGAAUGACCCUUCGAGGUGAUAAUUCUGACGAAGACAUGGGCGCAGGUGUCUCGGGUAUCAAUCCUGUUGCAUUCAAAUCACGAUUUGCCGAUUCUGACGAUGAAUUUGAUUCUCCUGCCGAGAAGACAUUGACACAACCUAAUCCUAACUGGUCCAAGAGCCUUAGAUCAACAAGUUCCUCCUCUACCCCUCCUCAUCAUUCAGCUGUUCAAAAAGCAGGCUCUCGUCUUUCGAGGUUCUUUAGCGAGCAACCAGGAAACAAUCAUCAUCAUCAACAUCACGAGAAGAAAGAAGAACACGAAGUACAAAAGAAGCCCAAGAAGAAGAAAUUCCGCAAGUUGAGAAAGUUGUUUGGUUCCAGUCAUUGA